AUGAAGGCAACAGGUGCCUUAGUGCUUCUCAGCCUGCUGCUGCUCUCUUUCUUCUCGGAUGUAGCAGGUCAAGACAUUGAAGAGAUUUGUAGAGAGUUUGUAAAUAGAACCGUGUUCUGCACAAGGGAGUCCAACCCUCACUGCGGCACGGAUGGCAUCACGUACGGAAACAAGUGCGCCUUCUGCAAGGCAGUGCUGAGAAGUGGAGGGAAAAUAAGAUUGAAGCACCUGGGGAAAUGCUGA